UCGAGUAUCGUCUUCUGGCAUCUCAUAACUAUUCAGCAUUGCGUGUGUGAUAAGAGCGACCGAUAAGCCGCCAGAUCCUUCAAGAUGCUCCACAAAAGGAAAGUGCUUCUAGCCCUGUUCUGCGUCUUAAGCAUAGUUGCAGGCCUCGGGGGUGAUGAUAAAUUUCUGAAGAAAUAUGCCAUGAUGAAGAUUUAUGAAAGCUGUUUCGGUCCUGAAGUAAUCAAGCAAGUCCGAGCUGAAAUGAAAGCAGCCUGCGCCAAAUGUGCUCCAGCUUCAAUUCCAUCAUCAACUCCGGAUUUAUCAAUGUUCCAAACAAAUCAACUGAAAUUGCAUAGCUCAUCGGCGCCGAGCAUGGAUUCACAGCAAGAAGAACAAUCGAGACCGAUUCAACCAAACAUAGACCAAGAGAAAUUGCAACAGGCUAUUAUGUCUUUCAAACAGCAAAGUCCAUUGUUCCAAGCCCAGAUGCAAAACAAUAUGCAAAGGCCCCAACAUUAUCCAAGUCCUUUGCCUUUGUAUCAUCACAGCCCAUGGGGCGCUCCUCUAUAUGCACCACAACCGUGGUCAGGACCUAUUCCAGCUCCAUUCGCAAGUCCGUACUCAGCUCAACCGAUUCCUGGACCUCAAUACUACCCGCAGGCAUAUUAUCCAGGAGCCGGCAGGAUUUCGCGCGAUAUGGACUACCGCGAUAGACAACACGAAGUUCUUGCGGCGUCCCGGGUUGCGCAAUCGGCUGCCGUCAGCGCAGGAGCACAUAAUAUUACUUGUGUCAUGCAAGAAUUAGGCUACUUGGAUGAAAAUUUGGAACCAAAUGUUGAAAAGAUUGCACGUCGCAUAUCAGGAUUGCCUGUGCACAGGGACCUCAAGGAAGAUAUGCUAGAAGGACUCGACUAUUGUCAGAAAUUCUCGCAAUGCGUGCCGGAGACAAGACCUGACAAGUCGCCUCUUUCGCGUGAACUAAUCAAACCAAUGUUCUUCUUCAGAUGUUAUAAGCACAAAAAAUUGGAAGCAUGCGUCAUGAAAGACGUACGCGAAAGAUUCAACACCGACGACAGUUUUGAUGGAACUUCGAAGAAAUGAGAAAUGGCAGGAGUUUCAAAUCUGAUCCAGAUGUCCAUGUAGAUCCAGAGAUGUUGUUCGAUUUCCUAUACAGUGGUUCCAGUAUGGAUAUGGAUAUGUUCUAAUUAAUAAUACAAUGCAAUAAUAUUAAGUACAAACAUCGAAUCUCUGCUUGUUCCUAGGCUUUAAGAAAUAUGGAUUAUGUUAAAGCCUACUG